UUCUCUCCUUCCCCUCCCCGCUCCCUCCCCUCCCCGCUCGGCUGCCACCGCGGGCUCUCCCUGCGCGGGCGCUCGGGGCCGGUUCCUCCGCGGCUGCCGCUCCCGGCGCUGCGGGGAGAGCGCUCCGUGCGGGCGGGACCGGCCCCGCCGCGCUCCCGCGUCCCCCCAACGCCAGGCAGCUGCUUCAGCCAUCUCUCCAAACCUCCUCCGUGCUAAUCAGCCCCUGUCAAAGCCUGUUGUUUCUGGUGCUGGGCUUCCUAGAAGGAGGUCGGCUCAGCUGUCAUUUCUGAAAGCACCUCUCUUGCUGUGUUGCUGUCGAGUUAUUAAAAACGAAAAAAAUCAUAAGCCCCGUUUUCACAGUUUCUGCCGUGAUCAUGAUUUCCUUUCAGCUUCUUGGAAGCUCGCACAGAAAGCACAGGAGCAGCAGCCUUCACCCAUUCUUUAAAUAACUUCAAGUUACAGCCUCGGCUAAGAUUUCAGUGACUGCAGCAAAAACUCAACUAUGAUCUAAAAAGUUUCUUUGCAGACCAUGUUGGAAGGAUGCUGCUUGGGCAGUAUCAAAGUACUGUGCAUUGCAUGCUUGAAGCAAUAGGCUUGGAGUAGAACUGGAGAAGAUUCCUGCCUGUGCUGAAGCUAUCCAUAAGGGAACAGCUGUAGGAUGUGAUUGGAGCAGCCUUGGUAGGUAAAAACCUGACUGGAACAGCACAAGAGUAAAACUAACGAUCUCUUGUCAGUGCCUUCUGUGAAGCCUUUUUGCUCACGUUACUCUGAUCCACAGGCAUGUUUUACUAUGGGCUGCUUAAGUUCUGGCAGGCGUUCCCUUCAGUUGCUCUGGGGAAUCCAAGGGCAGUGUCACAUUUAACCUGUUGCUUCAGCCUGCUUGCAUCUGCCCCAGCCUUUCUUCAAGACAAGACCGUGUGACCUGUAGGUGUUAACAGCAUUAACAGCAUCUUUAUACAGCAGAUAAAAAGAUAACUUCCUUCUCAGUGAUGAAAUCAUAGCCAAUGGUUUUCACUCCUGUGACAGUGAUGAAGAUGACAGAGCCUCACACGCCAGUUCUAGUGACUGGACCCCAAGACCACGUAUAGGUCCCUACACUUUUGUUCAGCAGCAUCUCAUGUUAGGUACAGACCCACGGACGAUUCUGAAAGACCUGCUACCAGAAACAAUCCCUCCACCUGAACUGGAUGAUAUGACACUCUGGCAGAUUGUGAUAAACAUUCUUUCGGAACCACCAAAAAGAAAAAAACGAAAAGAUAUUAAUACUAUUGAUGAUGCUGUGAGACUUUUACAAGAAUGCAAAAAAAUAAUGGUCUUGACUGGAGCUGGGGUGUCUGUGUCUUGUGGAAUACCUGACUUUAGAUCAAGAGAUGGCAUCUAUGCACGCCUUGCUGUAGACUUCCCAGACCUUCCCGACCCUCAAGCAAUGUUUGAUAUAGAAUACUUCAGAAAGGAUCCCAGGCCAUUUUUUAAGUUUGCAAAGGAAAUCUACCCAGGACAAUUCCAGCCAUCUCUGUGUCACAAGUUCAUAGCUCUGAUGGAUAAAGAAGGAAAGCUACUUCGCAACUAUACUCAGAACAUAGACACAUUGGAACAGGUUGCAGGAAUCCAAAGGAUAAUACAGUGUCAUGGUUCCUUUGCAACAGCUUCCUGCCUGAUCUGUAAAUACAAAGUUGAUUGUGAAGUUGUUAGAGGAGAUAUUUUCAAUCAGAUUGUACCCAGAUGUCCCAGAUGUCCACCUGACGAACCGCUCGCUAUCAUGAAGCCUGACAUAGUGUUCUUUGGGGAGAACCUGCCCGAGCAGUUCCACCGCGCCAUGAAGUACGACAAAAAUGAAGUUGAUCUCCUGAUUGUCAUCGGGUCUUCACUGAAAGUAAGGCCAGUAGCAUUGAUUCCAAGUUCCAUCCCCCAUGAAGUGCCUCAGAUCUUAAUUAAUAGGGAACCUUUGCCUCAUCUACACUUUGACGUGGAGCUUCUUGGAGACUGCGAUGUUAUUAUUAAUGAAUUAUGUCAAAGGCUAGGCAGUGAAUAUACAAAACUUUGCUACAACUCAGUAAAACUUUCAGAAAUAACAGAAAAGCCUCCACGAACGCACAGGGAGCUCGAAGUGCAUUCAUCUGAGCUACCACCUACCCCUUUAGUCAUUUCUGAAGACUCUAGUUCACCAGAAAGAAUGACACCACCAGAUACUUUGGUGGUGUCUUCAGAACACCCAGCUGAAUGUAAGGUAGAAAACUGUGAUCCUGCCUCAGAAACUAAAGAGACCUGCAGAGAGGAAAAGCUUCAGGACACACAGACAUCCUCAGAGAGCCCUGAAAAUCCUGCUGGUGAAUUAAUGAACUCUGAAACAAUGAAGGAAAAUGGAUCUAACAGUGGAGAAAAUAAAGAAAAAAAUGAAAUACUGAAGAAGUGCUGGGUAAAUAGAUCUGCAAAGGAACAGAUUAGCAAAAGGCUGGAUGGUACUCAGUAUCUGUUUUUACCGCCAAAUCGCUAUAUUUUCCAUGGUGCUGAGGUGUACUCAGAUUCUGAAGACGAUAUCAUAUCUUCUAGCUCUUGUGGGAGUAGUAGUGAAAGUGGUUCAUGUCGCAGUCAGAGCUUAGAUGUGGAGGACGAGAGCGAGAUCGAGGAGUUUUACAAUGGCAUAGAGGAAGAGGAUGCUCCCGAAAGGGAAGAGGAACCUGGAUUUGGGGAAGAUGGAGUUGAACAAGACGAAUCGGCAGCUGAUGAAUCAGCGUAUGCAAAUGAAGCUGCAGGGACUGACCAUCCAAGCAACAACUUGUAAAGUGAUCACUGACUGGAUACAGGAACUUUCCACCAGCAUUAGGAGCUUUGGCAUGUCAGAAUGAAUGUUUACGUCUGAGUUUAGAGCAAGAAAACCAUAAGGAUGUAGUGUUUAUAAACAACUAAAACAGAUUUUCAUGCUUAGUUUUUUACCUUUUUCAAUAAAAUUCUAUUACUGCGCACGCAACACUAACUCUUUUUUUUUUUUUUUUAAGGUACUAGGAAUAUCUAAACAAUUGUCACUAUGUUCACUUUUAAGUUCAUCUGUCUGAUCAGGCAACCAUGUAUAUAAUACAUAUUUUUGCUUAAUGAACUUCAGCUUAUGUUAUUUUUAAACAGUUUUGAAAAAGCCAUUGGAAUGUUAAACUAAUAUAAAGGGAACAGCUAAUUUAGACCAAAGAAUGGUAUUUUCACACCUCUUGCUUUGUAACAGUUUGGUUUAUUUAAAACCUUCUUACGCUUCUGCUAAACCUUUAAUUUCUCGCCUAGUCUGUCAUUAAACACUGGCAUUUUCUAAGACCUACUGUGGCAGCUAAUUUUUUGCUUUAACAGUUACUUUGUAUGUUUGAGACAUACUUAAAUGUGAGUAGUGAGAUGGAAACAAGAGAGGAGCACUUGAGAAAUCCUAUGGUUUUUAGAUGGCUCAAGAAGUGCUGUGAAAAUGCUUCAGUAACUGAGUUUAAUACUUCCUGUGGACAUGAAGCGCUGUUGACAUUGGCUGCUUAGCAAUGAUGAUGAUACUGGUAUUUUACACAAAAUGGGUCCCCCUGGGUAGACCUUUUCCAUGCUGUACACAGAAGUCAAAUAUAGCACAGCUUGCAUUAAGAAUAGCAUCUGAUGGAUUGCCAAGGCUCUAAUGUGGAAGCUGGGCUGAGCUCAGAACAGUGUUUCUGCCAGCACGUGAGAAGGCACAAAGAAAUAAGCUCUUCCUUUAUUCUUAUUGAUGCAACAAAACCAGGAGAAACUAACUCAAACAUGGAAAGCCUCUGCUACGCUGCUGGGCGGACAAAACUGAGACUGAUUACCCAACCUGGAAGCACGCUGCUUUGAGGUCAGGUUGGGAAAAGUUUUCCACCUGCUAGCUCCACCCUGCAUUUUCCACGCAAAGCAGCUCCGCAAAUUAUUACAUUGUAUAUCCAAGUGCUAGGCUGCCUUAAAACUGGAUGUUGCAAAUUUUCAAGUGCAGAUUGUUUCCACGCCUUUAGAACCAUUUUGUAAAAUUGCACAGUGCAGUAGUAAGUGAAACAGCAUUUUUCUAUAAACCACUUUUUCAACAUUGGCCCAAAUGAACUCUACGAUGUAGAUUAUUCAUAUAUGUUGCUUUAAUAUUUAUUACAUUUUGGAGGAUGUAUAGUAGCUGUUCUUUGAACGUAAGAUACAUCAGUUAAUAAAUAUUUAAGAACAGCCUCCUGUAUUCAUCAGAAGAUGUCAGCAUGUUGUCUCAUUGUCCAAAUUUAAUGCAGCUUUUAUUUGGCUACACUAAAGAAUGCAAUAUUAGUUUACACUUGCAUGUCACAAUGUAUUAGUUUGUGCUAUAGGAGAUAUUUUAAAUUGAAAUACUUUGUUUUAAAUUAUUUUUACAGUGAGGAUUGUUUUCUGCUCUUUUAUAUUGUAUAUAGUGUCUUUUAUGUAAUCUACUGGCAUAUGUUUUGUAGAAGACUGUUUAAAAUGACUGGCUAUCUUCCUGCAACUUUUGAAAUACAAAACCAGUGUUUUAUACUCGUACACUCUGUUCUAAAGUCUAUUAAAAUUGUCAUUUGA